ACACGCGCGUUUAAUCUUUGUAUACUUGCUUUGUUUUUGUAUUAUAAAGUAAUUGGGGUGACGUGUAACCCCAGAUGGCAGUAAGACCGGGUGAUUCUCAUUUUGAAGAGACCGUUUUACGCUGGUUCGAUGAAGCUGACUCAGAAUAUGAUUCUCAUGGAAGUGACCAAGAAUUUGAGGACCAUAUGUCGGAACACUCACAUGUUGGAAGUGGGAUGUCAUCUUCUGAUAAUGAAGAUGAGAAUGAAGACACCACUGUUCAAGAAUCAGGUGUGUCUAUCAAGGGUAAGAAUGGUCAUCGUUGGAGCUCUGUGCCCCCUUCUCGUACUCGGACACUUCAACGAAAUUUGGUUUUACGCAUUCCAGGACCAAAAGGUGCAGCAAAAAGUAUUUCCACAGAAUUGGAAGGUUGGAAAUUGCUUGUUUCUGAUGGAAUUAUAAACAAGAUUGUUCUGCACACAAAUUCAGAAAUUGGCAGAAAAAAAAUGAACUAUACUGAAAAUUGUGGUUAUGUUGGUGAAACGGAUACAACUGAAUUACUUGCUCUUUUUGGUCUUCUUUAUAUAUCAGGAUGCAGAAAAGAUAAUCACCUAACAACAGCUGAAAUGUGGUCAAAGUAUGGACCUGAAAUAUAUCGCAGUAUUAUGAGUGAAACACGUUUUCGUUUUUUGAUAUCGUGUAUAAGAUUUGAUGAUAAAACUGCGAGAAAUCGCGAAGAUAAAUUUUCUCCCAUUCGGGAGAUAUGGGAAGAGUUUGAAUCAAAUUGUACAAAAUAUUAUACUCCUCAUGAAUAUGUGACAAUUGAUGAGCAGCUCCUGGGUUUUCGUGGAAAUUGUCCUUUUAGAGUUUAUAUUGCAUCAAAGCCAGACAAAUAUGGAUUGAAAAUAGUAACCAUGUGCGAUUCACGCACUUUUUACAUGGUAAGUGCCAUCCCAUAUAUUGGAAAAGAAGUAAGAGCAAAUGCAGAACCCUUACCACAUUAUUACGUAAAAAAGCUCUCUGAAUCUAUUCAUGGAACAGGACGUAACAUAACGAUGGAUAAUUGGUUUACCAGUAUUCCACUGGCAGAUAAUAUGGUGAACAAUUACAAUCUAACUAUUGUCGGAACACUACGUAAAAAUAAAAAAGAAGUUCCUUCGUCAUUCCUGGCAAACAAAAAUAAAGAAGCGCUAACUUCGCAAUUUGCCUUUGACCAGAAAAAAACGUUAGUGUCAUUUACGCCAAAAAAAUCUAAGUGUGUUCUAUUACUGUCUACAAUGCAUAAAACAAAAACUGUAGAUCCAAAUAAAAAGCCAGAAAUAAUUAAUUUCUAUAAUUCAACUAAAGGAGGUGUAGACACGUUUGACCAGAUGGUUCACACAUAUUCAGUCUCGCGGAAGACCAGAAGGUGGCCCUUACGAUACUUUUAUGGCAUACUGGAUCAAGCUGGUGUAAAUUCAGGAGUAUUGUUUCAGAUGGUAAAACGCAAUAGAGAAAAAUGUAUUCGUCGGCAUUAUCUAUUUGAGCUCGGAAUGCAGCUUGCAAGACCGCACAUGGAACGCCGCUUAACAAAAAAUUUGACCAAAAAAUUGUCUUCAUCUAUAAGAACUAUUCUAGGAAUGGAGGAGGAAAAUAUAGCUGCAGUUCCACCUCCACCAAAACUUGCAAAACAAACUCGAUGUGCAUUGUGUCCAAGAAUCAAAGACAUUAAAACUAAAACAGCUUGUUCAAAAUGUCAUAAACCUGUUUGUAACACUCAUCGUGUUGAAAUAUGUUCAGAAUGCAAUCAAUAA